UCAAAUUUGAGCGAUUAGAGGGGCAGAGUGAAAACAGAGCCUGGUUGGAGAGGACAAGGGCAGAAGGCACCAUGAGUGGGGGACCUAUGGGAGGCAGGCCUGCGGGAAGAGGAGAACCAGCUGUUCAGCAGAACAUUCCUUCCACCCUCCUCCAAGACCAUGAGAACCAGCGACUAUUUGAGAUGCUUGGCCGAAAAUGCUGGACCCUGGCCACCGCAGUUGUUCAGCUGUACCUGGCGCUUCCCCCUAGAGCCGAGAACUGGACCAUGAAACACCGUGGAGCUGUGUGCUUUGUGAAGGAUAACCCUCAGAAGUCUUACUUCAUCCGCCUUUAUAGCCUUCAGGCUGGUCAGCUGCUCUGGGAACAGGAGCUGUACUCACAGCUGGUCUACUUCACUCCAACCCCUUUCUUCCACACCUUUGCUGGAGAUGACUGCCAAGUAGGAUUGAACUUUGCAGACGAGGGUGAGGCCCAGGCCUUCCGGGCCCUGGUACAGGAGAAGAUACAAAAAAGGAAUCAGAGGCAAAGUGGAGAUAGACACAAGCUACCACCACCACCAGCACCAGCCAAUGAUGAGAGAAGAGGAGGGCUUCCACCUUUGCCUCCACAACCAGGUGUAGACCAAGAGGGCCCACCAGCUGGUCCACUGUCCCUAGGGCUGGUGACAGUGGACAUUCAGAACCCUGACAUCACAAGCUCACGAUACCGUGGGUUGCCAGCACCUGGCCCUGGUCCAGUGGAUAAGAAACGUUCAGGGAAGAAGAAGAUCAGCAAGGCUGAUAUUGGCGCACCCAGUGGAUUCAAACAUGUCAGCCAUGUAGGCUGGGACCCUCAGAAUGGAUUUGAUGUGAACAACCUAGACCCAGAUCUGCGGAGCCUUUUCUCCAGGGCUGGAAUCAGUGAGGCCCAGCUGACAGAUGCCGAGACCUCCAAGCUUAUUUAUGACUUCAUUGAGGACCAGGGCGGGCUGGAGGCUGUGCGGCAGGAGAUGAGGCGCCAGGAGCCACUUCCACCACCCCCACCACCAUGUCGAGGAGGGAACCAGCCACCCCGGCCCCCUAUUGUGGGGGGUACCAAGGGCCGUUCUGGUCCACUGCCCCCUGUACCUUCAGGGGGUGCCCCACCACCUCCAACACCCCGUGGACCACCACCCCCUGGCCGAGGGGGCCUUCCACCACCCCCCCCUCCAGCCACUGGACGUUCUGGGCCACCACCCCCUCCACCCCCUGGAGCUGGGGGGCCGCCAAUGCCACCCCCACCGCCUCCCCUGCCACCACCACUCAGCGCUGGGGGCGGUGGGCCAGUCCCUCCUCCACUCCCUCCUACUCCGGUGCCUGGGGGGGGCCUGGCACCUGGUGGGGGCCGGGGGGCUCUUUUGGAUCAAAUCCGGCAGGGAAUUCAACUGAACAAGACUCCUGGCGCCAUAGAGAACUCAGUGCAGCAGCCACUGCCUCAGAGUUCAGAGGGCCUGGUGGGUGCCCUGAUGCACGUGAUGCAGAAGAGGAGCAGAGUCAUUCACUCCUCAGAUGAAGGCGAAGACCAGGCUGGUGAUGAGGAUGAGGAUGACGAAUGGGAUGACUGAGCCCUUGCUUCUUCCUGCAGGCCAGUGGCUCCCAUUCUACCUGCUCUGCAUCUGCCCUGCUUCUCAGACCCCCUGCGGUCAGUUUCUAGGCCCCCAACCUUCAAUGAGGCCAUCCGUGACAGGCACUUAUCUCAUUCUAGCAAGAUUCCGGACCUUUUAUACAAAAUUUCUCAGUUCUCUU